UUAUUUUUAUUUUUAUUUUUAUUAUGUCGCACGCAUCCAUGGCAGCUAAAACAGAGACCAGCUGAGCUUCAUGAACUGACAGAGAAGAAGAAGAAGAAGAGAUAUAGAAAAAAGGAGUGGGAGAGAGAGAUAAAAUAGAGGGAGAGAUUGCUUCAGUUCAGACCCACCCACCAUUUUCGUUCCUGCUUAAAUUCCAAAGUCUGAAUUUCUUCUCUCCCUACAAAAUCUCUCACAGGAAGAUCGCUGUAGGCUUUGAUCGGAAAUGGAGAAAUUAGGGAUUUGGUAGCAGAUACAUUCAUACAUGUAUAUGAAAUAUGUGUGUAUUGAUGAGAAUUAGGGUUUGAUCGAUCAAAUCGGUGGAUUUGGGUGAUGAAGGGGAUGCCCUUGCCCUUUGAUUUUGAUUUUGAGGGGAAGGGGUUUCUCGAUUCUGAUUUCGAUUUCGAUUUUGAUUUUGAUUUUGAUUUGGAGCUGAUUGUGAAGAAGAAGAAGAAGAAGAACAGUGCUGCUGCUGCAAAUACGACGUCGUCUUCUGUUUCUCUGCUGAAGAAGACGACGACGAAGAAGAAGAAUUGGUGCUAUAGUUUUGGUGAACCUACUUCUGUCCUGGAUUCUGCAAAAAUUUCCAGCAGGCCUGCUUCUUCUUCUACGCUGUCCUCAUCCCUCGGCGCCGUCGCCGGCGCCGGCGCCGGCGCUUCUACCGACACCGCACCAGGCGUAGGCCCAUCGGUUUCCGACACGAAUCCUUCUCCCGGAUGGCCGCAGGAGUCCGCCACGGCGACGAGCUCCAAUGCCGGAGGAGCUGAGUCGGAGCUCUUCCCUCUCCCGCCGCCGAUCGGAGCCCCGCCGGAGAAAUUCGCGAUGGAGGAUUGGGAGAGCGUCCUGUCGGAGUCACAAGACCAGUCGAUUCUCCGGUGGAUCAUGGCCGAUAAUGCCGAAGACCCUGACCUCAACAGAAUCGGAACCUCCACCCCGCCGGAGCUCGACUUCGGCGGCGCCGAUCAGUACCCGUACGGCGGCGCCGACCACUUGGCCCCCAGAUCCAUCCCCCACCCCCUCCCCCCCUCCCCUUACCUUCACCUCAACAACCCUAAUUUCAAUUUCAAUUCAAAAUCCCCAAAUUUCCCCUCCCAUAUAAACCCUAAUUUCAAUUUCAAUUCCAAAUCCCCAAAUUUCCCAAACCCUAAUUUCUUCUUCCCUCACGACCAGUACUCCUUUACACCCACCUCCCCUCCGCCGCCGGCGAAGCGCCACCACUCCGGCGACCCCGACGAAUCCGGUCAACAGCAGCAGGCCAUCGUAGAUCAUCUCUACAAGGCCGCCGAGCUCGUCCAGACCGGAAACCCAAUCCUCGCGCAAGGGAUAUUGGCGCGGCUCAAUCACCACCUCUCCCCCGCCGGAAACCCCUUCACCAGAGCUGCUUAUUACUGCAAGGAGGCUCUGCUCCAAUCCCUCACCUCCACCACCACCACCGCCGUCGCCGCCGGAACCCUAUCUUCUCCGAUCAACCUCAUUUUCAAAAUCGCCGCAUACAAGCUGUUCUCCGAGGUCUCCCCGAUCGUCCACUUCGCAAACUUCACUUCCAACCAGGCCCUCCUCGAAUCCUUCCAAGGCUUCCCCUCGAUCCACAUUCUCGAUUUCGACAUCGGCUAUGGCGGCCAAUGGGCCUCCCUAAUGCAGGAGCUCGUUCUAAGAACCGGCGGCGCCCCCACCCUCAAAAUCACCGCAGUCGCGGCGGCGGCGGCGGCGCCCCACGAUCGCCUCAAGCUUAGCCUUACGGGGGAGAAUCUAAUCCAAUUCGCGCAAGAAAUCAACAUUCCUUUCCAUCUCGAGAUCGUCGAUGACAUCGAAAAAUUGAAUUCAAAUUCAAAUCCGUUCCUUUUUCGUGAAUCCGAUACUGCAAUUGCCGUGAAUCUCCCCGUCGAUUCUCUCGUCGAAAACCCGGCCAUUCUCAGCUUCGUCAAGAACCUGUCGCCGAGGAUUGUCGUUACGGUCGAUCGGGGUUGUGACCGAUCCGAUCUCCCGAUCGCCAACCACGUGAUACACACGCUGCAGACGUAUUCGAAUCUGCUGGAAUCGCUCGAUGCCGGGAACGUGAAUAUCGACGCAAUGCAGAAGAUCGAGCGGCUGCUAUUCCAGCCAAGAAUCGAGAAAAUCGUUGCGGCGCGAUUCCUCCAUUGCCCGGAGAAGACUACGCAGCAGCACUGGCGGGCUCUGUUCGUGUCGUCGGGAUUUUCGCCGGCGACGUUCAGCAAUUUCGCGGAGUCGCAGGCGGAGUGCGUCGUGAAGCGCGUCCCGAUCCGCGGAUUUCAGGUGGAGCGGCGGCAGUCGUCGCUCGUGCUUUGCUGGCGGCAGAAGGAGUUGAUCUCCGCCACGGCGUGGCGGUGCUGAGCUAAGAUAAGAUCUCGGAAAAGGUUUUAAUUUUGAUUCAUGGGUUUAAUCGAUCUUAUUGUUAUACGUAUUCGACUGAUCAGGUGAAGUAAAAUUUAAUGGAUUAAUUAGGUAGAUAUAUAUAUAUAUAUAUAUGUAUGUAUGUAUGAUUGGGAUGUAAGAAUUUAAGCAUUUGCUGCUGCAUAUAUGCUAAUUGUUGUCUAAAUUCAUUAUUGGAAGAUAUUGUGGGAGGUAAUUGUUGUGUAUCUGAGCCUUGACUGAUUAUAUAUUUAUUUUUCAUCAAAUUCUU